UCCCAUCUUUAUUCCUUCGUUCAUCUGCGCCUCACUCUUUUCUCUCGAUCUCUCUGAAUCUGCUGUGGAGAUUGAAGCGCUGGGGAAAAAGAAGAGCGGAAGAAAGGUGAGAGGAAGGGAGGGGACCAACCAAAAGCUAGACUUUACCGUCUCCGAUUUUCCUUGUAAAUCAAGCAAUUUGUGCUAAAAAAGAGAGCUCCCCACAUACAUCCUGACGUUGGAGACCGAGAUCUUUCGCUCCUUCCAAUGCCAUCUUCAUCUUCCUCGACUCCCUUCUUUCCUCGCUACAAGCGAGCGAGCUAGUGGCAAACCGCACGCCAAUACACACACACCACCACCACCACCGCCAACUUGCUUUCUCUCUCUCUCUCGUAGGAUAGAGUAAUAGACCAGAGGUCUCAUUUUCGCCCUUCCCCGUCGUCUUCUUCUUUGCUGAUCACCUACCCCACACAUGCCCUUUGGUCAUCACCAUGAUCACCGGAGCGGACUUCUACCACGUCAUGACGGCCAUGGUGCCGCUCUACGUCGCCAUGAUUCUCGCCUACGGCUCGGUGAAGUGGUGGAAGAUCUUCACCCCCGACCAGUGCUCCGGGAUUAACCGGUUCGUGGCGCUCUUUGCGGUGCCGCUGCUCUCGUUCCACUUCAUCUCCACCAACAACCCCUAUCAGAUGAACUACCGCUUCAUCGCGGCGGACACGCUGCAGAAGCUAAUCGUCCUCGCGGUGCUGGCCGUCUGGUCGAACGUCAGCAAGAGGGGUUGCCUCGAGUGGACCAUCACCCUCUUCUCCCUUGGCACCCUCCCUAACACCCUGGUCAUGGGCAUCCCCCUUCUCAAGGGCAUGUAUGGCGAGUUCUCCGGCUCGCUCAUGGUCCAGAUCGUGGUGCUGCAGUGCAUCAUCUGGUACACGCUCAUGCUCUUCUUGUUCGAGUACAGAGGCGCCAAGAUGCUCAUCACGGAGCAGUUCCCGGACACCGCCGGCUCCAUCGUGUCUUUCAAGGUUGACUCCGACGUGGUGUCGCUGGACGGCCGCGAGCCGCUGCAGACGGAGGCGGAGAUCGGGGAGGACGGGAAGCUGCACGUUACGGUCCGCAAGUCCACGUCGUCGAGGUCCGACAUCUUCUCCCGCCGCUCCCAGGGCAUCACUCCUCGCCCCUCCAACCUCACCAACGCCGAGAUCUACUCGCUGCAGUCCUCCCGCAACCCGACACCGAGGGGCUCUAGCUUCAACCACACCGACUUCUACUCCAUGGUCACCGGCGGCCGCCCCAACAUGAGUCCCCGCCACUCCAAUUUCGGACCCGGCGACUCCUACUCUCGGGGUCCGACCCCCCGCCCCUCCAACUUCGAGGACCACCACCAUCCGCCUCCGAGAAGCCGCUUCUCCGGCGCUACAGCCGGCCAUUACCCGGCUCCCAACCCGGGCAUGUUCUCCCCCACCGCGUCCAAGCAGCAGCAGCAGCAGCCUGCUCCGCCGCCGCCGCCUCAGGCGCCAUCGGCAGCUUCGACGAACAAGGCGAACGGGCCCUUUCAGAUGAAGCAGAGCGACGAUCAAGCUAAGGACCUCCAUAUGUUCGUGUGGAGUUCGAGCACGUCGCCGGUAUCGGAGGGCGGGCUGCACGUCUUCGGCGGUCAUCAGGAGUAUGGUAACGAUCAGAACGUGAAGGAGGUAAAGAUGGUCGUGUCGCCGAGCGACGAGCACCACCAGCAACCUCCUCCAGCCAAAGGGGACAUGACAUGGGAGGAGUACGAGCGGGAGGCGUUCAGCUUCGGGAAUCGGGUGGUGCUUCAAGGAGACGAGAGGGAGGGACAGGCGCAGGGGAAAUUUGGUUCGAGCUCUACGGCGGAGCUCGACCCCAAAGCCGUGGAUGGCAAGGCUACGGCUAUGCCACCCGCCAGUGUGAUGACAAGGCUCAUUCUGAUCAUGGUCUGGAGGAAGCUCAUCAGAAAUCCCAACACUUAUUCCAGUCUGGUCGGUCUGACUUGGUCCCUCGUCUCCUUCAAGUGGAACGUGACCAUGCCGGCCAUCAUCGCCAAGUCCAUCUCUAUACUUUCCGAUGCUGGUCUUGGGAUGGCCAUGUUUAGUUUGGGGCUUUUCAUGGCGUUGCAACCGAGGAUCAUAGCGUGCGGGAAUUCGAUUGCGGCCUUUUCUAUGGCCGUGAGGUUCCUGAGCGGCCCAGCUGUCAUGGCCGCUGCUUCCAUCGCCGUUGGCUUACGGGGCGUUCUCCUACGCGUAGCCAUUGUACAGGCAGCGCUCCCUCAGGGCAUUGUCCCCUUCGUUUUCGCCAAGGAGUACAACGUACACCCUGAUAUUCUCAGCACUGGGGUGAUUUUUGGAAUGCUGAUCGCUUUGCCCAUCACUCUGGUCUACUACAUACUGUUGGGCCUGUAGACUAUGGGAAGAGCGUGAUCGCUCUGCAGCAGCACAUGUUUCGAGUACUUUUCUUGCAAGCACUGGUGUUGGCACUACAUGUCUCCAACGACAUACCACGGAAAGCAUGCUUAAGAGAGAGAAAGAGGGUCUCCGAGAAAUCUUGGUUGGAAUAGCAGAAGCUUUUCAUUUUGCUGGAUAGUUGCAUUUUGUUACUGCUUCACGAGAACUCGGACGGCCAGCUGAUUGGUGUACGCUGAUGAAUGGAAAGAUAUCGAAAUUCUUGUUAUUUAUGUAGUUUCUUUUCCUUGGUCCAGUAGUACUAUAUGCCUGUAAGCACACGAAAUGAAAAAGCAAAUGUUUUAGUUUUCUCCUUUAUAAAAUAUCAAAAACACCAAGUUAAUCCCCACAAAUCUUUGUGGAUGUUUCCGUCCCUCCGCCGGUGAAAUAAUUAAAAUUCAUUAUCAAGCA